AGUUAAAAAGAUGGAUUGUGUACCAAACUGUCACUAAAACAAAGAAAAAGGGAUACAAAGCUUUAAAAUAGUAAAAGCAAUUUUCUGAAUAAUGCUAUAUAAAACUGUGCAUCACUAAAGAAAAACUUUGAAUAAGUUUUACUUUGGAUGAUAAUGCUUCAUAAAAAUAAACAAUCCGGAAGCCCGAAACGAACUGUAGGGCUUGAGUCACCAAACCCUCUUCAUAAUUUUUGGAGGAAACAGAAAUUUCCCUUCUUCGUCUUUUAUGUUGUUGCUAGAAGCACUAGAUGGAUUUGAGGGUGCUGGGUUAGGAUUUGAACUCUGGUGAUUAGCAGCAGUGUCUUAAGAUGGCAGCUGAAGGAGGAAGUGGUGGUAGCACUCCUACAAACUCCCUCCCCCCUCCAGGGACAGGGGGUUACUCCACAGAAAUUUUUUCCUCUGGAUUUGACCACAAGUUCAUCUGCAGCCACUGCAAACGAAUCUUGCGCGAUCCUCUCCAGAGUUACUGUGGCCACCGUUUCUGCCGGGUGUGCUGCCAGGAACUGCUUGGCGAGGGACAGACAGUGCCCUGUGAGGAAUGUCAAGAAGAUCAGAUUACAGACACAGAGUUUAGCAUGCUGUCUCAAGAUCAGAUGUUCCCUGACAAUGCAGUAAAGCGGGAAAUGGCACGGAUGCCUACAAAGUGUUCAUACCCAUUCUGCACCUGGACAGGUAUCUUCAGGGAUUAUGAGUCACAACAUGAAAAGAACUGUCCUCACUGCCCUCAACCAUGUCCAGCCUGUGGAAUGGGUGUUUCUCGUGUUCUCCUGGAACAGCAUCAGAAUCAGGAAUGUCCACAGCGUAAGAUUCGAUGUGAUCAUUGCUUAGGAGAGAUCUCUGCAGGUGCAAGAGAGCUUCAUGCAGCAGAAUGCCAACAGUACCCACUGCGAUGUGAAGCGUGCGAUAAAAAUGGUAUACCCCGCUACAAGAUGAAGGAUCAUAAGGAGCGGGAGUGUCCUAAGCGCAGCAUCCACUGCCCUAUGGGAUGCACAGAACAGUUGACUAUGGACACAUUCCAUCAGCAUCUCACCAUGGGCCUAGGAGAACACACAGCAUGGCUUAUGGACCAGGUCCUGCAACUAGAACAGCGCCUUCUUGCUCUCCCAGUGGCCACAGCAUCAACCUCCAGUCUUGAUAGCAUAGUGACAGCUAUCAAUGGGUUAGAGCAAAAGACCACAGAACUUUCACGGCAAAUUGAAGAGCUGUCUCAGGGCGAUCUGCUUCGGCAGCAGGUGACGGACACUGUGGACAGAGUGAACAUGAUGGACCAAGUAAUGCCAGUGUUGCAUCAUGAGAUUGAGCAGCUGCUGCGAUCACUGGAACAGAUGGAGAGUCGGGCCCAUGCUGAUCGCCUGAGGGCCCAACAGCUGACUAGUCAGGUGGACCAGCUGACCAGCCAAGUGCGUGCACUGGAGCGCACCAUUGCUAUCAAGGAUGCCACCAUCGCUGAACAUGAAGUGCGCAUGCAGGCAUUGGAGUUUGCUCGCUUUGAUGGGACACUUUUGUGGAAGAUCUCUGAUUUCGAUCGCAAGCGACGUGAUGCCAUCAGUGGCAAAGUGACAAGCAUCUAUUCCCCAGCAUUUUACACUGGUGUGGUUGGCUACAAGAUGUGUGCUCGCAUCUAUCCAAAUGGAGAUGGCAUGGGGAAGGGCACUCAUCUGUCGCUGUUUUUUGUGCUGAUGAGGGGUCACUAUGAUAGUUUGCUGCCUUGGCCGUUCCAACAGAAGGUGACACUUAUGCUUAUAGACCAGAAAUACCGUGAACAUGUUGUUGAUGCUUUUCGCCCUGACCCCACCAGUUCAUCGUUCAAACGCCCUACCACUGAGAUGAACAUAGCCAGUGGCUGUCCUGUGUUUCUGCCCCUGUCGAAGUUGGUGAACCCACAGUUUGGUUACCUGAAAGACAACACAAUGUUUAUAAAAAUUUUUGUGGAAACAGACGGGCUAGACAAGUACACAGACUUUAACCCUCUCAAAGGACCUCUGCCCUCAGCAGCUCCUCCACAGUAGCUUCCCCUUAUAUUUGUCGGAGGCUUAUUGCAAGCAGCAAAGAUCUGACUGAUCAACACUUUGCAGGAACACCUUUCAGGUAAUUGAGAACAUAGUAAUACACAGAAAGUGUUAGUUGCCCAGGACUUUCAGAAAUAUAAGACGUGCUUAAACAUAGUAGCAAUAAUUGGGGUUGAAAUUCUUUUUUGUUUGUGUUUGGAGGCGCCAUAGCCUGCUGAUUAGCAUGCUCAGAUUCACUGCCAAAGGUUGCUGAUUUGAGACUUGCCUAAGCCUGUAACUAGAAAACUCCUUGUGCCCAUCUCACAGAUAGGUACCAGGUUUAUUUGGAAAGGUAGAAGGUAGCAAACAGAGGAUUGGGCUUUUGCCUCCCACAUACAUGGAUAGAGGGAACCACUCACAGUUUGAAGGUAGCAGUGCUGUAGUGCGAUGCAUAAGCAUUUGUCACCAGUAUAGUCAAGCACAUGUUCUGGUUUCAGAUCACAUCUUGGGUAUGCUGCUCUUUCUCUUUAUAUGGAACCUGUUUAGUGGGCCAGCUGCUUGACAGUGUUAUAGCCAUCCUUGAUGGCUUGGUAUAUAGCUCCAGUCCACUACUGCUCCCAUCUUACUUUCACAAUGAACCCCUUACCUAACCCUAACCCUUCUCCAAAACAAUGAACCCCUUACCUACACCCUUCUCCAAAACAAGGAAAGUUCAGGUUGAUGGCUGAAUAAUUUUUAUCAUUUUUGUUCUGGUUAUAUUUAAUAUCCAGGUCUGUUAGCUGUGAAUUGUUAUCAAGAGGCAUGCACACCCAUAAAGUAAAUCAGAUUUGGAGGUGGAGAGAUGAUCAGAUGUGCUUGUCGUGCUGCCUGACUUCAGCAUUUGUGGGAUAAAUGAUUUACAAAUGAAACUUAAUCCUGUUUCUAAUCCUAUCUGUGCUAGUUUCUUCCACUUUGCUGGAUGAGGACCAGGUUGAGAACAAAAAAUAAAACCCCACCAAAAAUCCCAAAAAGAACAAGACACCAGUUUGUACCCUGUAACAAAACAACUGGCAAUGACUUUGACCGAGUUUCGAGGAUCUCAUAGUGCUGGCAAGUGGUUUAUAGAGUUCGUAUUAUUUGAGAGAAAAUGAAUGUGCAUGCAAAAGAAAAUUGCUUGGACUUCCCCCCCCCCUUUUUUUUUUUUUGGAUGUUGUGUAUAAGAGACUCAAGGGAACCAUAACUAUAUAACGUUUUUCAUUAGUUCUGAAGUUAAUGUUUCGUUGUUCACAAGAAAACUUAUAAUAUUGCCCACUGCUUUGUCAUAUUGGGAUAUUUUAUGAUUGAGAAUACGUUAGCGAUAGCUAGGUUAAACACAAUUAAGAAUUUGGAUGCAUGAAUGGUAUAAUUUUUGUGCACCUUUGUGUGUGUGUGCAUGCCCAUACUUGCAUACAUCUGUUUGUGAUGGGACAUCAGCAGUGACACGCACAAUUGAGGAAUCAUUGGGGAUCAAAUUUAAAUUGAGGUUGACUUGAAUAUUAUCAUUAAAAAUUACAUUAUCAUAAAGUUUAAAACAUGUUGAAAAAUACUAAUCCAACAGAAGAGCUUGACGUUGUUUGCCAUGAAUUGUAUUCACUUGAUGGUGCAGUUCACAGUACAGUGAUAGUAAAUCUGAACAGGUUUUUGUAGCACUUUUAAUGGUACAGUGUGAUUCACUAACACAGAAUAAUCGUACAUUUACAUGCACACACUACACAAUAUGCCAGACAUAUAUAGGGGCACCCGGUAGUGUAUCAAAUCUCAUCUCUGGACACUCUGUAUGUGACACCUAUUUAAGUGAGAGGAUGUUGGCUCCGAUCUGAUCUUGGGAUUCUGUAUGUGACACCUAUUUGCAGGGCUGGGCAUCGGGCUUUCUUUCGGUACUCCUGUUUCUUCCCCACACCCUCUUCCCUGUAAUGUGAAAGCACCUUCCUACUAAACCAACCAACCAAAUAUUUAAGAGCAGAAUCCGCCUCAAACCAUUCAAAUCUCAAGACACUGUCAGUUUUGUGUAACAAAGCGCCAGCAAUUAAAUUGUAUGGCAGACCUGUGUGCCACGGCCAGAGGUGUAAUUGGUCUAACUGGAAUUACACAAUGUAGGGAUCUCAGUAUAUCUGAGAAUAGGUGAACGCACUUACUCCGUGACUGCUCUGGAAUUUCCUGUGGUAAUUCUGUCAUCUGGUCCAGGAAACUAUUGGUGUGAUAUUGAUGCCAGCAGGGUUGCUUAAGUUGUGCUUGCAUGCAUGAUUAAUUUCAUCCUUUGAUAAUUUCUUUAGGUUUUUGUUUAUGAGCCAGUUUGCAUUCUUCAUCAUUCACUUGGUUCUGCUGUCAUUUAUAUUGUAUUUUCAGGUAUUGUCUUUCACUGUGUCACAACAGAAAUUACAUUAUGUGAUCCUUCCAAUGUAUUUGAUAUGCACAAUAUACUCUUGUCAUAAUUUUUUUAAACCAUUUAGAAAAUGUUAGCAUUCUGUGUACAGUUUAAUUCAUCAGAUCUUAGAUUUGAACGAAUUACAUCUCUGUUGAGACAGCUCAAUUUUGUGAUGGAGAAAAAAUUCUUUUUCUCAUUUUUAAAAUUGAAAGAGGCUUACUUUACUUAUUCUGGGUGCAAUAACUAGCAAUAAUUGGUUCUAUUUUUGUUUUGUUAGCAUAUUUUAUGUUUAAUUUUAAUGGCUGGUUUUGUCAAUUGUGUUUUUCGCACAAAUUGCAAUCAUCAGUCACCAUUAUUGUACACUGCUUGAAGCAUUCAGUAACAAAUUUUGAGAAAAGGGAAAAUAUAAAAUAUUAUUUUAAAACUAUCACAGAGAUUCUUUGGUAGAUCUGAUGGUUACAGUUACUGGAGUAACUGUUGUUAGUUUUACCUGCUAAGUGAUAUGCACUAGAACUUGAUGUAUCACUAUUUGCACAUACGUGCACAUUAAAAAAAUACAUGGUAUUGAAUAUAUGGAUGAGAAAAUGAGAUUGUGCAUUUCCAUUCAAGAUCAGUAGAGACAUUACCUGACAUGAAGGAAGCAUAUUGCAUAUUUUUGAUCAGCUGAAAAUGUCAAAACAUGAUUUUUUCCCUUGUAUUAACUGUUACAGCGUAGGGUUUUUUAAUGUUUUUUAACAAAGCAGACCAAUGCUUGUGUAAAUUGUAAAGAGUUAAUUUGUCUUUACUUGGGAACAUGAAUGCAAAAUUUUGUUGUUUAGAGCAAUCGAAAACAACAAAUUGUAUGGUGAUGUAGCGAAUGUCUUGUGUUGGCAUGUACAGGAUUUCUGAAAAUCAAAUGCUUUUGAAGGGUUGUACAAUUCACUUCCAUAGCCAUGUUUGGUUCCAUCUUAGUCUCUAAGACCUAUGGUGGUUUGCUUGUCAGCACUCCAGCUCUUCACAGCUCACUUUAAUUCUUUGUUCGUACUUGGUGAGUUCUCUCUCUGAGCCUAUUGCAUCAACCUUUGCCUAGUGCUUGAGAGGGAUGUCUCAUCCUUUUCCAUCUUUUAUCCUCUUCUUAUCUUUUAUACUUUCUUCAUUUUCGAGUGAAACUUUUAGCUCUCUGUCUUUUUACAAAACAAAAUACUUAUGCUUAUUAGUAAAAUUACCACUUUAAACAUUCUAGAUGUUGUUUUGUGUCUAUUCUUCCACAUUUUUUUUUUUUAUGUGUUGCAAGGUAAAAAAAAAAGUAAGACACUUGGGAAUCAAUAUAUUAUGUGGCAGUAUGGUGUUAAUAUGUUUUUGGAUGCUUUACGAACAUUUGAAAGUACAGGAAUCUUUCCAAAUAUUAGCAUAUCAUGUUAUAAGUUGAUGUGGUACGAGGUCAUUUUUUUAAACACGAUAUUCCUUGAAAAUAGUAGCAUACACAAUUAAAUGUUGAUAUAAAAUUGUGCUUUAAGUUUAUGAAAAAGUCUUGGUAAUAAAUCCGGGAGAUGUU